AUGGAGGCAUUUAUAGCUAAAAUUGCCGUUUACAACUGGACAGAUGUUAAAAGUUUAUUCUCUUCUACGUUUCUGAACCUUAAGGUCUUAUUGAAGACCGCCAAUGGCUUCGUUCUAAUUUCUACAAUAUUCUUAAUAAUAUCUGUGACAGCCUAUUCCUUUCAAAAGGUUUGGUCCAGAGAGCUCAAAUGUCGAAAAACCACCCUCAAAACUGUGGACUAUUUCAAGCAUGGGACUUCAGACAUUGAGCGUCUACGUCGAAUAUAUAAGUCGUGUAGUUUCACAGCGUCCGGGUUGUGCAACAUUUGGUUGCAGAAAAUCAAUGACUGUAUUAACAACUCUUUAAGGGAAACGUCUAUUCACUUUACUCCUGUUUCGGAAUACACACUGUCUGAUGUAAAGAUUUCGGAUUUCGAAGUACGUAACGAAGAUUUACCUGACUGGGUGGCUUUAUAUUUUUCUGUUUCUAUACCAAUGUUGUGUUUGCAUGGGGAUGUAGUCACAAUUCAAACCAAAUCACCACAGAAAGUGACACUAUCACUAAGGAACUACCAUAUGAAGACGUGCUGUAUGUUGAAAGUUGAUGAUUUAGUCCUGUUGGAACUGAAAAUGCACUCUGAAUCUAUACCACAGUUCGAUUUACUGAUGGAUCCAGUAAUACCCUUAUCUCCCUCAAAAUUCAAACAACUACUUAUCGACAUAAUUUCAGAAUUAAUUGUGUCUUGGUCUCCGGAUGGUUCCAUACACCAUAGCAAAGACCCUUUGGUGGCUUCAAUACAAACAGACGACCAUUCACCUGAUCAGAAUGUCUUACUGCAAAGAGAACCCAGAGAUACAGAUUCCUCAGAUUCACUUCACAACUGGAUUGACAUCGAUGUCAAAACGCAGUUAUGUGAAUCCAAUUUCAAGGAUUUAAACCGGUCUCAAUCUGAAAGACAUGCUGAGGCAAAAACUGUGAUGCCAGGAGAACAGAGUUCUCAGUCGUUAGUUCAGAAAGACAAGUCGUUUACUCCAGUUGUACUCGCACAUAACGCUCGUCUGCGCCAGUCUUUAGUAGCUCGCCAUGCUCCACGGCCAUUUGUAUGUAAAGUGGUCAGGUCAGCAUCUUGCUAUGGGGAAGAGGGAACAUCCAGUUUGCUUCAAGAGCGAGAAUUAGGAAGUUUUGAGUUAGAAGAUGUUGCUGGUGCGAACUGCCAGGAUUUAGGAUGCAGUAAAAUUGAGUCUGCGGUUCAAGUACGAAUGGAAACUAUCUCUGCUCCAUCUAAUAAAUCAGAGGCGAUCAGUACAGAAUUGGCGAAGAGAAAAGAAACUGAAACCUCAGUUACUGAAAGUUCUGAUCAUAAAGACUCGUUACAGGAGUUCAGUAACACAGUACCAGUGCGUAAACCAAAUACUAAAGUAGAUGUGUCACCGUUGAGGGAACGCAUGGCAAACAAUUUCGCAUCCAAAAAGCUUCUGGUUAAAGUAGUUAAGGCAGAUAAACUGUCAGUUAAAGGCAUUUCGGGUGCUUACUGCGUCGUAGAAUUGGAUGAACCUUAUCAAAGACAUUCAACUCAUUGUUCCAUGUCUGGUCAGUUAUUUUGGGAUCAACACUUGUUAUUCGACCUAAAUAACAACUCCAAACGAAUCGCACUUGAAAUUUUCGAGCUAGGCAAACGAAAAAAGUCGUAUUCACGAGGUCGCGCAGAACUAUUAUUAAUGCAUUUGCUAACUAAUCCUAAUUCUGAUGGAGAUUUGGAAACGAAUUCCGUCAAUAUAAGUGAUACCAUUCGACGUCAAAUACCACUCAUUGAUCGAUCAGGUAGCUUGCUCGAAGGAACAAGUACGUCUAAUAUUGUUGCUCCACCUGCGGUUCAGUCUGUCAGCGGAGGAAACAACCUUUCCGUAACCAACCAAAGUAUAUCUACCAAUACAAAUGCUGCUGGUCAGCCUUCUGGGAAUUCGAUCGCCAGCAUCACAGCAGAGUUCAAUUUUAUGGAAAAAGCUACCGAAGAUUUUCGCGCACGUGCAUCUCCUAGUUCUUCACAAAUACGUUUCUCUUCACGGACCACACAAUCUCCAAGUAUUCAUAAUCCCAACCAAGAUCACCAGCCAACAGAUCAUUGUUGUACAUUUUCACAUUCCUCAUCUUCAGAAUUUCCAAAUGCCAAAUCUACAUUCUUGACACACAAUAAAAAUAUAACCGAACACAUAAUGCAAUCUGUGGUUGAGCAUAUUCAAACUGAUUCUGGCGAGGAAACUGAUAAUUUGUCCACAUCAAAAGACAGUGAUGUUGUUAGACAAUCAUCAAAAGACACAACUAAUGAGAUCAAGGUUAGUGAAAUAUUAAAAACAGGAAACCUCUCAUCUCCAAUUUCUUGUCGAAGAGCCCAUUAUGAAUUGCAUACUAUUCGUAGUAUAGAUGAAGAACAUCUUAGCAUACCAUCAUCUCCUUUAAUUUAUGAUACAACAAAGUUGUCAGAAACCAGUUCUGAAGGUCAUGGUUCUUCUUGUGAUUUAAAUGAACAUUUUAAAGAGUCCAUUUCUUCUAAUGAGCAACAUGUAUUUCAAGGAUCAUCAGAAUCAGACGGUCAUGUAAAAUCACUAACCGCUACUUUGGUUGAUGCCAAUUCAUCGUAUGGAAGUAAAAUAGAUUCCAAACAGGGGGAUAUUUUAUGUAAACGCUCAGCUCUACUCGGCUCUACUGGUACUAAUGUAUCGAAUAACUUAGAAUCAGCAAGUAUUUUACUUCGGGUUGACUCACCAGUAAGCUUAGACAGCCCAUCUGUGUCAUCAAGGCCCCACUCUUUAGCCAGUCGUUUAAAACCAGCACGUAUAUUGAAUUCAAGUGUUUUGCGUUCAGGAAAACGUUCAACAACGGACGAGCCAACUGGUAGUUGCAGUAAUAUCAACUCUUUGGCAUUACUUGGUCCUUCACGUCAACUUGCUGGUGUAGUGGCAGGUUUAAGCUCUUUAGCUUCAGAUUCUACGACAGCGCCUUCUGCAGCUGCACUUGCUUCCGCUAUGGCUGUUGUCGGUGCAACUGGUAAUUGGCAACCUCAAUUACCUAUCGAUCCGGAUACUGCACAAUUACUUAGUGGUUCUACAGUGUUUUCGGAUUUAUUAUCUAGAAGAGAUAGUAAACUAGAUGCAUCUAAUGAUUCACCAGUUCCUCCACAUUCUAAUGUAUCCUCUUUCGGUCCACCUGUACAUUUUGUACCACCACCUACUUACGUUGCUGCUGACAGUCCUGGUACAUUUACAGCUUUGAGUCAGCCACGUCGUUCAGAUGCUUCUAAUCUAAGUCUUUUUAGGAUAUUUCGUCAUAAAAAAAAGCGGUUUCGUUCUGUUGGUGCUGAAAAGUUGGUUUACUGGGAGACAAAUAACUUGGAUGAUUUAGAUGCGAUUUCCACUGAAGGUUAUCAUCGUAUACUCCAAGAUGACGACUGUGAAACAUGCGAUAUUGAUCAAUCCAGAAAUAAAUAA